AUUUAUUGCCCGCCAUCGGAUCAAUGGGUGUUUAGGGUCUCCGAAGGGAUUUUUAAAAUUAGAAAUUACUGAAGAAUACAGUUUCCGAUGGUGGUUGUGGGCGACUCGGCGCUACUUGUUUGGAAUAUACUCCUACCUUCCGCCGUUUUCGGGUCGUUUUGAUUAUGGAAACGUGUUAUUUGAGUCACGUAGUUCUAGCGCGUCUUUUUUUUGUGGUCCUCUUGUUCGUUCUGAGACCCCUCAAUGCGUGGACGUACACUUCCAGCAGCAACGAUAUGGAUAGGACACUGGUGACGGGGGGAUACUUUUCUCCCAGCGUCACGAACUCAGAAGAAAUAACUGCAUUACCAAAAUACUUGUUUACUACUCCGGGAACUUCUACAGACUUUAGGGAGGCAUCAUCACCAUCAACUGGAACAGAACUCCACCACCGAGUCAGGCAUUCUGAUGAGAGUGAGACCCGGAUGUUGAGUGAAGCUAAAUUAGCCACUGAACAAAACACACAUCUCUCCACGGACUCAACCCACGGGACAUCAGAAGGAACCGUUAGUUUGUCGAAAGAGCAGAUGAGCUCUACCAUUGUAGUGUCGACAGAGGCUACCACACAGUGGGAGGACCGAACCAGACUAACACCAGACCACCUACCAGAGACCUACCCUGGGCUCCCAGUAGAGCUCAGGUCUGUGCCUGUGACUCAAGCCAGACUGCCUCAGGACAGUCCUGAUGCUGACAGCAGUCUCAGGCAGGACCAGUCGACAAACCGAGGCACUGUGGGUCUCAGAGAGAACCAGUCGACAAACCGAGGCAGCGUGGGUCUCAGAGAGAACCAGUCCACAAACCGAGGCACCGUGGGUCUCAGAGAGGACCAGUCCACAAACCGAGUCACCGUGGAUCUCAGAGAGAACCAGUCCACAAACCGAGGCAGCGUGGGUCUCAGAGAGGACCAGUCCACUAACCGAGGCAGCGUGGGUCUCAGAGAGGACCAGUCCACUAACCGAGGCACCGUGGGUCUCAGAGAGAACCAGUCCACAAACCGAGGCAGCGUGGGUCUCAGAGAGGACCAGUCCACUAACCGAGGCAGCGUGGGUCUCAGAGAGGACCAGUCCACUAACCGAGGCACCGUGGGUCUCAGAGAGAACCAGUCCACAAACCGAGGCACCGUGGGUCUCAGAGAGGACCAGUCCACUAACCGAGGAACCGUGGGUCUCAGAGAGGACCAGUCCACUAACCGAGGCACCGUGGGUCUCAGAGAGAACCAGUCCACAAACCGAGGCAGCGUGGGUCUCAGAGAGGACCAGUCCACUAACCGAGGCACCGUGGGUCUCAGAGAGGACCAGUCCACUAACCGAGGCACCGUGGGUCUCAGAGAGGACCAGUCCACUAACCGAGGCACCGUGGGUCUCAGAGAGGACCAGUCCACAAACCGAGGCACCGUGGGUCUCAGGCAAGGGCAGUCAACAGCCACUCUCAGACAGGACCAGUUGACAGACCUAGGAACCGUGGCUCUCCCCAUCCCCGUCCAAACUGACAGCACCUACAUCUCCUCCACUAUGAGUCGAGCGGGAGAGAGGACCUUAAUGUCUGUGACCUCCAACAGCACCUCCAUGUACUCUGAGAACUCCAACUCCUCCUCCCAGUCCCAGGCCUCCACCUGGGACCUCCCGACCAGCCGCACCGGAGCCGGGGCUGGGGACGUCACCAUCAGGAUACCCUUCACAGGACCUGAGCAUGGGCAUGAUGCUACGUCUGGGUCUGACUCCUACCCCCACACCAACACCAACUCCUCACAGAAGUGGUCUGGUGGUUUAUCCUCCAGAGGGACCAACCCACUGACUGGACCUCCCAAUGUGACCCAACAGCAGGACCUCACCUCUCUGGUUUCAGAGGGAACCCCCAACUCCACCCCUCCACUCAGGGUGGUUGAUAACCACAGCAGACGGGACACAGACACAACAGACUCUAUUCAGCCCUUCAGAGGCAGGACAUCCCAGACAGAAGAGGGGGUCUCUGCUUCAUCACAGCCCCCUGUGCUGUCGUCAGAAGAAGGCCCCAGCCAUCCCAGCACCAACACCUCUCAGGGAGGACAUACAGAUAGAGAUUCUCCCUCCAUCCUGGUCACCGGGUCUGAGACCUCCACCGAGUACUCCACAGGUCCCCCUAGCACCCGGGGGGGCCAGGGUGAGACAGAGGGUUUCCCAUCGCUCCACACAGAGGACACUACAAUCCUUGGCCUGGGUCUAACCACUGCUCCCCCAAUGCUACGAGACAGUGCCACCGCCCUGGAUGACUCCCUGUCCCGGUUCCUCUACAGCCAGCCUCCCUUCAUCCCCAAAACUCAGCGACCGGCGGUGACCACAGAGGUCCUGGUGUCCAUCACACCUGUUACCGUGACAAUGAAGUCACAGGUCACCGAGGAGGAGCCCUACAGACUUACCACGGCAACCAGCACCACACCAACCCAGCCUCUGGCUACGACGCGGAUGGUUCAGCCCAGUACCGCCGACUCCAUUGAGGCCCAGACUCAGCCCACCAUCAUCCCUACCACCACUACCACUGAGAUUACCCUGGGUCUCCAGACCUCUGCUUCCACCCCCCAGCCACCGGGCACCACACAGACUCAGACCCAAGGGCCCUCAAUGGGGGUGAGCUCCACCGACGUCACCACCUUGCACCUGGAGACCAGCACGGCCACAACCACUACAGCCGCCUCCUCCUACAGUCACAGCGUCCCCACCAGGAACACAGUGGAACUACACACUACAGGGAAACACACUGACAGGGGAACCACUGAGAUAGAAGUGACCACAGCUCCAAUGGACAUCAAAUCUACACCACAAACCCCAGGUAGUGCCUGUGAGCCCAACCCCUGUCUGAAUGGAGGUGGGUGUCUACCCUAUGGAGGGACUGAAUUCACCUGUGACUGUCUGUCAUCAUGGAUAGGACCGACCUGCAAUGAGGAUGUGGAUGAGUGUGAGAGUGGCUCGGGCCCCUGUCCCAGUGACUCUACGUGUGUUAACACCAGGGGCUCCUUCAGCUGUGAGUGUCCCCUGGGUCUGGACAUGGAGAACGGAAGAGACUGCACACGAGCAAAAACCUUCCUGGGCACGUUCAUUGUCAACGCCCCCCUGAUCUCCAGGAGCGCCACCCUGCAUGAGAUCCAGAGAGAGAUCAACCAGCUGUUGAAUGCCUCACUAUCAAUUCUGCGUGGUUACCGGCGCUCUUCUUUGAGUAAAAAAGGGAAGGACGGGGUUCGUAUCUCUGCUGUCAACAUGUUCUCUAUCUCUACUGAUGUGACCAGCUCUGAGGUCUACCACAUCAUACAGAUGUCUCUGAACAACUGUAACAGCACCGCUGGACACUGCAGAGUGGUGGUCACUCACCAGCUCUCCUAUCAUGUUGAGAGUCUGUGUCUGGCCCAGAAUACCCAGUGUCACCCUGAGCGUUCUUUUUGUACCGACUCCAAUGGGACAGCCUACUGCCAGUGUCAACCAGGGUACUUCAAACUCAACCCUGAGGAUCAGUCCUGCAUAGAAUGUGGUGAUGGUCUGAAACAGGUCAAUGGAACCUGUGUCAGGUGCACAUUUGGAUUUGGAGGAUUCAACUGUGGAAAUUUCUACAAGCUGAUAGCUGUGGUGGUAUCGCCAGCAGGGGGUGCCCUACUCCUUAUUCUCAUCAUCGCCCUCAUUGUCACCUGCUGCAAGAAAGACAAGAAUGACAUCAAUAAGAUUAUUUUCAAGAGCAGAGAUUUUCAGAUGUCGCCAUACGCAGAGUUCCCGAAGAGUAACCGUGUUUCUAUGGAGUGGGGGAGGGAGACCAUCGAGAUGCAGGAGAACGGUAGCACCAAGAACCUGCUACAGAUGACAGACAUCUACUACUCGCCUGCUUUGCGUAACUCUGACCUGGAGCGUAACGGCCUCUACCCGUUCUCCGGCCUGCCGGGCUCCCGUCACUCCUGCAUCUACCCCGCUCAGUGGAACCCUUCCUUCAUCAGCGACGACUCACGACGCCGGGACUACUUCUGACGCCCAGCUACUCCACCUCUGCCUCUGCCUGGCCAGCCAACCCCACCUCUGCCUCUGCCUGGCCAGCCAACCCCACCUCUGCCUCUGCCUGGCCAGCCAACCCCACCUCUGCCUCUGCCUGGCCAGCCAACCCCACCUCUGCCUGGCCAGCCAACCCCACCUCUGCCGCUGCCUUAAGCCUAAUUUACACCUUCCACUUCACUCGAACGUCCGCUCCCAUCCGCACAAGGUCCGCAUCUGCGCACCUCCUUGGAAAAGUGUCCUGCGGAAGAGGAGAUUUGUCAGUGCGGAAAUGUGCAUAAUUUCGUUCAGCAGACCUAGCAGACGGCUCAGAAGCUGAAGGUGUAAAUUAGGCUUUAGCCUGGUCCCAGAUCUGUUUGUGCUGUUGCAUACUCCAUCCAUUGCUGUCCUUGUCAAGCCAAACUUGGCAAUGAGUGAUAAGUAGUUGGCAUGGUAGCACAAACACUGGCAUGCAGGCUACCUCUGUCUGGGUAGGGCUAACUAAAAUGGCUGGCACUGGGGCUAGGCCUGAAGGUAAAUUUGCAUCCACUGCACUGGACUGUGGGUGGACUGAAGUCUGACUGCACCAAAAACACUGCACACUGAUUUGAUCAUUGCAAAUUUGAUCAUAUGAUUUGAUUAUAUGUCAAAAUAAAUAAUCCAUAAAUUAUAAAAGUUACCAUGAAUUCAUAAUGUGUGGAUAAAUGUCUGUUCUGCGAAGUGUGUGCGCACGCGCGUGUAUGUGUGGACACCCAUUUGCCAACUGCUGUGAAUUGUAGAUUAACAUGAUGUCUUAUUUUAUUUCACUGAAAAUACAGGUUGAAAAGAGAAAGCUGCCGAACUUGUUUUGUGUGUGUCAAGUAGUGUUACAUUGUAUAAAGAUAUUUAAUGGCAUAUCAGAUUAUAAAAAUACAUGUAUGUCGAGAAAUCAAUGUAUUUGUCAGAUGAGGAAUAGAUGCACCAAAGUGGUUUCAUAUGACACAUUGAAUGGUCAAGGUCUUUGCGGUCUGUCAGUCGGAACAUUAGAACUGUUUUUGUAAUUUAUUUAAUGUAUUUCAACAGUUAGAAAUGUAUGAAGACAUUUUCAACAUGUUGCAUUGUCAGAGGGACUCAUACCCAACCCUGUUCUGUAGAGAGAAACAUCUGAAGUUUGCACCACAAAAGGGUGUGUGUUUGUGAAUCUUGGAUGAAUUCAGUUCAAUAACCAUGCUUAGAUUCAGAUCUCGUUGAAUGUUUGCAUAAAGAUGUACUAUAUUUGUAAUUAAGCCUGCUAUUGUUAGUUUAUCCUUUUAUAUAUUUGUUGUCUUCCUUCUAAUAUGAAUGGUCUCUUACCUCUGGCGUUUUAGUCAGACAUGCGUAUUUAAUAAAUAAAAUAAAGUUCUGUACAA